UGUCCGCAUCAGCAGUGAACCCGGCACCGCAGACCCAACUCCCAGCAGAUAUGAAGGCCGCCCUGGUGCUCGUCUCGGCGUUAGCCGUCAUUGUGGUCGCCGCCGCGGAAGAGAAGUACACCACCAAGUACGACAACGUCAACCUGGACGAGAUCCUCGCCAACGACCGCCUGCUCAACAAGUACGCCCAGUGCCUGUUGGAGAAUGACGAAACGAACUGUACCGCCGACGGCAAGGAGCUCAAGAGUGUCAUUCCUGACGCGCUGAGCAACGAGUGCGCCAAGUGCAACGAGAAGCAGAAGGAGGGCACCAAGAAGGUGCUGAAGCACCUCAUCAACCACAAGCCCGACGUCUGGGCGCAGCUCAAGGCCAAGUACGACCCUGAUGGCACCUACAGCAAGAAGUACGAGGACAAGGAGAAGGAGCUCCACGAAUAAACACUGUACUCCCGCGUCUCUGUUGUGUAGAUGUUCUGCUGAAAUAAAAUGUUCCAUGUGCUACAUGUAUCGCCUUUAGUACAAUAAUUAGCAAUAACAUCAAAAAUGACUUCAAUAUCAAAUUUAAACUGACACUAAACAUUAAGCAAUUUCACUCUUGUUUGAUUCGCUGCCGGAUCUGUAGAUCAGUAUUACUGCAAUAUGAUUUGCGCUAUGGCGGAUGAUGAAACACACUAAGAGUGCCAACUUAAGAAUCAUUACAAAUCUAGCUAUGCACCGAAGGACUUUCGAUUCUUCUUUUUUCCUGAGAAAUACUAUACUUCAGUAUGAAAGGCUAACUAAUCUCAGAACUAUUUGUAAAGUAUUUGCUAGAUGGAUAACGAUGUGUUUCUAAUCAAUAGCGUUAUUUUUCUGUGCAAAUAUCUAUCGAGAAUAAAAAGAACAUGGUGGCCAGAA